UCAUGUUUUUUUUCUAGUAUCGUAACGGUUUCUAGCAUUUCACUAAGUUUAAUUCAAGAAAUAAAAAUAAAUACAGUGUACCAAAGAGUGUUCGCUUGAAAAUGCCUCGCCGACUACGUGACCGUCCAAGAAAAGUUCCUGGCGGUUUGGGUGCUGAAAAGUCGAAAUCAGAUGCAAAGAUGAUGCCACCCCCUGCAUCAAGCCAAGCUUCCUCCAGCCGACCGAAGCCAGCUACAUGGCGUUCACAAGCUGACGCAAGCGAUAUAUCGCAAUCAUCGGGAGCCGAGGAGCAAAGUCCUCGACGACGUGCACCAUCCACAUCCGGACAACGUGAGCAAGCUGGUCCGUCCGGAGUUGGCAGAAAACCGCCUGCAUCCAGACCGUCAAACUCGACUUCAUCGGAAAGUGACGGAACAAGUCCGGAAAAGCAGAGCGCUGGACGUUUUGUACGGCGUUCGCGGUCCGAAUCCCGGGCAUCGCCCCAGUCAGAUAACAAUCGGGGACAACGCCGGGUGCGUUCUGAAGCACGUGCAGCGUCAGGAGUACGCGCUCUGCAGGAAAUUCGCAAACUGCAAGAAACGACCAACCUGUUAAUCCCAAAACUGGCCUUUGCUCGCGUAUUUCGUGAGGUGCUUAUGGAGUACAGCCACCGAGAUUUGCGAGUCACAGCCGAUGCACUUAUAGCGUUGCAGGAAUCGGCCGAGACCUAUGCAGUACAACUUUUCGAGGACUCCUACCGGUGCACUUUGCAUCGCGAACGGGUAACACUUACGCCAAAGGAUAUGCAUUUGACUCUUUAUAUGCGACAUGGGCGGUAAUAAACUUACCUCCAAGUAAUCCGGUUCAUACAUGCUGCCUCCGCUGGAGAACGGGCGAAUGCACCUACCGGCAGCCAAGCGACGACAAAUCUAUUUUCAUUGCCAAUGGAAACAAAAUGAUUUAGUGAUAGAUUUAAUUAGAUUUUUUUAUUUGCUCACCCUAAAUAACAUUCUUUAACUUUCGAUUGACGUUUCGCUUUUUUUUUAUUAUUUGUUUGCACCGUUUGCACGCGUGAAAAAUGAAAACUUUCAGUGACAGGUUUGAUUCAGGUUAUGUAACAGUCGAACUAUGGGAAAUAAUAUGUUGCAGACGGCAAAAAAAAAGUACAAUGCGUGUUCAUGAAACAUACUUUUCGA